AAUGAAAACACCUUGCUUCCCAAGUUUUCCCACCUCCAAAACUCUAUAUAUAAAUCAAUUCACUGCUUGAGCUCUUCGAUCUUCCAAAUCAUUCUCUCCAAACUCAAUUUUUUCCUGAUCCUUCAAAAAUAAAAAUAAAAAUUCAUUCUCUUCAAUUCUGUGAAAAAAUGAGGAGAGAAGGUCGCCAGCACGGGAUGGUCCGUACUUACCCAAUUUUACCCUCCCCAUGGAACCCAAGACCCGAGCCCAGGUACAACAACAAGUCCAAUUCACCACCAACCGCUGGACUUUUCACAAAGGUCCCAACUAAGCCCAGUAACCAUUCCAAGUUCACCGGCAAGUGCGGUAGGCCAAGGUGCACCAGCUGCCAUAUUCAUCCUGCUGGAAAAUCCAAAGACAAAACUAAGGGAACACAAAAGUUAAAGGGAUGCGGCGACGUUGUUUCGUUGGUUACUUGGAGAGUUGUUGAUGCUAAGCCUGGGUUGAGUUUUUCUGGGUUUUCAGCUACUGGGAUUUUGGAUCAUUUGGAUAGUGAUUAUUCUUAUUACAUGGAUCAUGAUGAUCAUGAAAUUUACUACGAUACCGCCGAUGAAGGUUACGGCGAUGAGGAAUUGGUAGUUGACUCCGAUUGGUCGCCGGCAACCGGCGUUGAGAUUGAGGAGAUUGAAGAUAAUGAUGAAGAAAAAAUGAGUUUCUGUGAAGUGGGAUUUGUGUGGGAAAAUGUUGAAGAAGAUGAAGAUUGGUGUGUUGUGGAAGGAAUCUAAUUCGGUUCCUUUCAAUUGGUACAUUUCUGUAAUUGUAUUUACUGUCAAAUAAAUUGGAAUUAUAUUACGACAUUCAGAUGG